CGGCACUUCCGGUCGGGCCCGUGGCUGAUCUCCUGUGCGGUCGCGGGCCUCCCUCUUCGGCCACUUCAUGCCAGGGUGGAGAUUCCUGGCUCAGGCCGGCGCCCGGGUGCUGGGCCGCGGCGUAGGGGGCCCGGGGAACAGAACAGACAUCUGCCUUAUAGUUAGAGGUUUGCAUGAGAAGAGUGCUACGUGGUGGGAUGAGCAUCUCUCUGAAGAAAAUGUCUCGUUUGUGAAGCAACUGGUCUCUGAUGAAGAUAAAGCCCAGUUAGCGAGUAAACUGUGUCCUCUGAAAGAUGAACCAUGGCCUAUACACCCUUGGGAACCAGGUUCCUCCAGAGUAGGGCUCAUUGCUCUGAAACUGGGCAUGAUACCUUUGUGGACCAAAGAUGGCCAGAGGCAUGUGGCUACAUUGCUUCAGGUGCAAGACUGUCAUGUCCUUAAGUACACACCAAAGGAAGACAGCGAUGGAAAAAUGGCGACCUUAACCGUGGGAGGAAAAACUGUCUCACGUUUUUAUAAAUCUCCAUCUAUAUUGAAAUUUUACGAAGAGCUUGGAUUGCCACCAAAGCAGAAAAUAAAAAUCUUUCGUGUAACAGAUAAUGCUGCAAUUAAGCCAGGAACUCCGCUUUAUGCUGCUCACUUUCGCCCAGGACAAUAUGUGGAUGUCACUGCCAAAACGAUUGGUAAAGGUUUCCAAGGCGUCAUGAAAAGAUGGGGAUUUAAAGGCCAGCCUGCUACUCAUGGCCAGACAAAAACCCACAGGAGACCUGGAGCUAUUGCAACUGGUGAUAUUGCCAGAGUCUGGCCUGGAACCAAAAUGCCUGGACAAACAGGCAAUAUCGAUAGGACAGCGUUUGGGUUGAAAGUUUGGAGAAUCAAUACAAAGCACAAUAUCAUCUAUGUAAAUGGCUCUGUGCCUGGACAUAAAAAUUGUUUAGUAAAGAUUAAAGAUUCUAAGCUGCCUGCAUAUAAGAAUUUCUCUAAAGACCUACCAUUCCCUACCUAUUUCCCCGAUGGUGAUGAAGAACUACUUCCGGAAGAUUUGUAUGAUGAAGAUGUGUGCCAGCCCAGUGCACCUUCUAUCACCUUUGCCUAACCCGGUGGACAGGCAGAACUUGGAUGGAUAGAAUCAAGAAUUCUAUUUCCCUUACUAAGCUACAGCUCAG